AUGGAGAAGAAAGCAAAACAGCUGAAGAUACUAGUAGUUGCCCUCGCUUCUUUAACAGCUCUUUCAGUCUUCUUCCUCGCGCGAAAACGAAGACGCCGAAAGCAGAAGUGCCCCCAAAGUCGGUGUUAUUUACGAGCCGACCACACCAAGCCACAGUGCGGAUUCAAGCGUGUCUUAGCUGAUAAUACAUACUCUCCGUUCAAGCAUUUAAACCUCCUCAACGACCCUCAAGAAGAUAAGACUUGGAAUUCGCAUCCAUACGAGGCGGAAGUCACUGCCUUGAUUGAAAGUCCUCGGCUUGAGCUUCAGUGCAUUACGGUGAAGAAUGUGGAUUUGAAAAAACUGAGUGAGUUGUACGUUUGGGUUGAGACUGAGUCGCAGUUGAAGGAACUCGUUGAGGUUUUGAGUAAAGAGAAGGUUUUUGGCGUUGAUACUGAGCAGCAUAGCUUAAGAUCCUUUUUGGGUUUCACAGCUUUAGUGCAGAUUUCUACUGAGAAAGAAGAUUAUUUGGUGGACACGAUUGCUCUGCGUGAUUGCAUGAGCCUUCUUCGGCCAGUUUUUGCGGAUGCUAGUAUCUGUAAGGUGUUCCAUGGGGCAGAUAGUGAUGUUCUCUGGCUACAAAGGGAUUUCCAUAUUUAUGUUGUUAAUCUCUUCGAUACCUCAAAGGCUUGCGAAGUGUUGUCAAAACCACAGAAAUCAUUGGCUUAUUUACUUGAAUCUUACUGUGGAGUAGUCACAAACAAAUUGUUACAGCGCGAAGACUGGAGGCAACGACCCUUGUCAACAGAAAUGGUGCAAUAUGCUCGAACAGAUGCACACUAUUUACUGUAUAUUUCACGCUGUUUAAUUGCUGAGCUGGAAAUACUGGAUAACGAAAACUCCUGUUCCAAUGACAAAUUCCAUUUUGUUCUCGAGGCUAGUCGGCGUUCAAACUUGAUGUGUUUGCAACUGUACACUAAAGAGAUAGAAGCUUCUCCUGGAGAGUCUGCUGCAUCAUCAAUUUUUAGCCGCCAUUUGAACGGACGAAGAGGAAUUUCAUCAGUUUCUUGUGAAAUCCAGGGUGCUGUGAGCAAAUUAUGCGCAUGGAGAGAUUUAAUGGCUCGUGUACAUGAUGAGAGCUUGAGAUAUGUAAUAUCAGAUCAAGCUAUUGUUGCCCUUGCAGAUACAGCUCCAACGACCCCUACAGAAAUAUUAGCUACCAUUGCUCAAGCUGAUUCUAAUGUGGAUUCAAGUUUGAGUUCAGGCCUCUCAUCUCCAUCCCCUGUUGUUUGCAGCCAUUUGGAUGAUCUUUAUCAUCUGCUCCAGAACAAAAUUGGCAACGCUGAUGAUUUCUUUCCCCUGAUUCUUCAAAACUGCCUGGGUACAAAUGGGAGUUGUCCACUGUCUAUCUUCAAUUAUGCUUUGCUGAUUAAGUGUAAUCUGAAAAUGACACAAGUUUCUAGACAAAAUGGGGUCAGAUACUCAAAGAAAGUUGCUCGAAAAACUUCUCGGCAGCUGUUUGUUCAAAAAUUUUCCUGCAAAGCUCCAGUUUAUCAUAAUUGCAGGAUCUAUGCAGAUGAUGGGCGGUUGCUUUGUUACUGUGACCGCAGGAAGCUUGAAUGGUAUCUUCGUCGGGAUUUGGCGAAACUUGUUGAUGAAAAUCCACCUGCCAUUAUGCUUCUUUUUGAGCCCAAAGGCCGUCCAGAAGAUGAAGGCAAUGAUUUUUACAUUCAAAGUAAGAAAAAUAUAUGUGUUGGCUGCGGCGAAAGAAAUCAUUACUUACGGUACCGAAUAAUUCCCUCAUGCUACAGAAUGCACUUCCCGGAACAUAUGAAAAGCCACCGCUCUCAUGAUAUUGUCCUAGUAUGCGUGGACUGUCACGAAAUAGCUCAUGCCUCUGCUGAGAAGUACAAAAAACAGAUCGCUGCAGAAUAUGGGAUUCCACUUUUUGUUCGUAAAGUGGUUGUUUCAGAACAAGCUCAAGCUAUAUCUGAGUCAUCCGUGCCGGCAACAUCUUUUGAGGAGGAAGGUGUAUCUCCUUUACAAUUGCGAACUGCUGCUAUGGCUCUUUUGCGCCAUGGACCAAGAAUGCCAUCCACGCGCCGUGACGAACUGACAGAGAUUGUUAUGAGAUAUUAUGGAGGGAGGCAAAUAUCUGAGGAAGAUUUAGAGAGUGCUUUACUGGUUGGCAUGAGUCCUCAUGAGAGAAGACGAUUUGAAAAGAAGAAAGGGCUUUCUUUCAGGAAGUCUAGAGGGCGUGUUCCUUCAGAUGCAGAGCAGGAGAAAAAUACUGUUACCAUGUCUGCAUGUGCCAGUGUUAAAGUGUCAGAAGUUGACACUCUACAUGAAUCAUGUACCAGCACAGCAGAAGCAUUUACUGGAAAAGAAGAUAGAGACAUUAUCAUAGUGAAGGAUGCUGUUGGUUUAGGCAGCAACUCUUUAAAUUCAUAUUUGGGGUCUGAUGACAAAGCUUCUGACGUUGUUCAGAACAUGGACUCAGAUAUAAGUGGAGUCUCUGAUACGCAGUUUGUAUCUGUUGUAAAUGCUGAUGGUGAUUGUGAGAGUAGUGCACAAAAUGGAUCAGUUGACGUCUACUAUGCCAGAGAUGAUGCAAUUUCCCAACCUAAACAUAGAUCAAAAAUGUCUCUCCUAGGACAUGGUCCACAUGGUAAGCAAGUUGUGGAGCAUCUGCUAAAGGAAUAUGGCGAAGAUGGUAUACGUCAGUUUUGUCAAAGGUGGAGACAAGUAUUUGUUGAAGCUGUUCAUCCUCGUUUCUUACCUUCCGGCUGGGAUAUUACGCACAGUGGUAGGAGAGACUUUGGCGAAUUUAGUGUUUACAAUCCUACCAAGAAGGCUUCUGCUGUUGCCGAGGGUUUAUGA